AUGUCACUCCCCACAUUCAACAGUCUCUCCCUCGACCGCCGCGGCAAUGUCUUCAUCAUCACCAUGCAAAAGGCCCCAGAGAACCGCCUGACCUCCUGGUACUGUCAAGAGAUCAUCAGAGCUUUCCGGACAAUUCAGCAGAUACUAGGUCCCGAUUCCGAAGGGGCGGUCAUCACGCGUGGGAGUGACGACAAAUUUUGGUGUACGGGUCUCGACCUCGAUGAACCAGACACAAACCCUUUUGCAAAUACUGAUGGAUUUUACCCGAUGCUCCAUACAAUCCUCGACUUCCCCUACCCCACCAUCGCUCUAAUCACAGGCCACACCUUCGGCGGCGGCUGUCCCUUCGCUCUCGCCCACGAUUACCGCAUCAUGAACGCCAACCGGGGCUUCCUCUGCAUGCCGCCCGUCAACCUUGGCCUGCACUUCGACGGGAUCGGCCUCCUCCCGCGAUUGAAACUGCGGCCGCAGAUCGCGCGCAAGAUGCUCCUCGAAGCGCACCGCUGGACGGGAAAGGAGGCGCUGGCAGAUGGCGUCGUCGAUGCCAUUGCUGAGCCGGAGCGCAUGUUGGACGUUGCGAUCCAGAUGGGGGAGAAGUGGGCGCCGAAGGCGAAGAUGGGUGUCUAUGCCCUGCUGCGAGCCGAAUUAUACGGGGAUGCCAUGCAACAGUUUCAGAAGAUCAGUUACGUGCAUGGCAGGAUGACGUCCUUGUCUGCAAAAGCCAAGGUUUGA